UAUAUUUUGCUUUAUGUUUACAAGGGUAAGGUUACCAAGCUCACCUAACUUCUCCGCGGUCAAACCAGCGUAAAUCCUUGCACACAAUAGGGGUAUUUUCGGCAUUAAUAAAAUCACAGCUGAAGCUAAGAGGGGUAAUAUAGUAAAUACGGCAGUUUCACCUCCCCUUCUCAAAACCCAAACCAAUCUUAUCGUCGCGCCUUCCGCCCCUUCGCUUCCCGAACUUCAUCUUCCUCGUCUCCUCUCCCUCCCCAACCUCUCUCUCUCUCUCUCUACCCUGGUCUUUUCUCUCUCUACCCUGGUUUCUUUCUCUUUCUACCCGGGUCUCCUUUAGAUUUACUCGUUUCUUGCGUUACUUUGAGAUUCUAUUGUUUCUCUCAACUAACCCUAAACUUCCGCCGUCUGUUUCUAUGGAUCAUGAGGAUCCUGAAUGCAGCGCAGGGGCCGGAGGUUCUCACUGCCCUCAAAAUGAUAAUAUAUCAGUCCCUUCCUCCGUCCGUGUAGGCUUGAAGCGCGAGCUCGCCUUCGCGCUGAAGUCCCAGGCCGAGGUUUCAGAAACCCUUGGUCAAAGUCGACUCCGCAAACCACCUUCUUCUCCAUUCCCGGCCGAAACUACUCCCGCAUCUGCUCCUGCUGUUAAGAAGAGAGGAAGGAAAAAGCGUAGCGAGUUCUGCUUACCCGAUGUAAGAAUAUUGAAAACAAAUGUUAUGCCUGCACCGGAGAAAUCGACAGUAACGGUUCCGUUUCUUGCUCGUCAAGCCGCCGCUGUUCGUCCAGGAUUUUCGGCUGAGAUUCCCAUUGUGGUUGAUGAUCUUGAUAAUGGUGGACGGGCCACGAAUAAUGUGGCCGUGGAAAGAGGAUGGGAGUCCAGUUCCACGCAUGUGCCCGGCAGCGAUUUGACUGUUCCUGGUUGGCUGGAGCAGCAGGUGAGCAGGAUUACACAGGCUGGUAACAAGUAUGUGAUGCAGGGAAUGGAGGCGGGUGUUUUUUAUAGUUCUGAUGGUGGCUCCGCCAAUUUUGAUCCUGGAAAUGCAAAUGCAAGCGCCAGGUUAAGUAGUCCUGAAUCAGUAUUGGAUUCGAUUGAGAGCACAUCCAGAGAAGCAUCAAGAGGGAAAACAAGUGGAAAGAUAACUCGAAAGGACGUGAGACUUCAUAAAUUGGUUUUCAUGGAAGAUGUAUUACCUGAGGGAACUAUGUUACGAUAUAUAGUGAAUGGAAUUCCUCAACUUGUUGGUUAUGCCAAAGACUCUGGUAUAUACUGUACUUGCUGCAAUGAAGUGGUUAGCCCUUCACAAUUUGAAGCUCAUGCUGGCCAUUCACAGCGUCGCAAACCAUAUAACUACAUUUAUACUUCCAAUGGAGUGUCACUCCACGAGCUCUCUGUCACAUUAUCAAAGCGCCGCAAGCUGUUGGACAGUGAAAAUGAUGAUCUGUGCAGUAUUUGUGAAGAUGCUGGAGAGCUGGUACUAUGUGACCUUUGUCCUAGGGCAUUUCAUCAAGCAUGUGCUGGGUUAUCAAGUGUUCCUGAGGGAGAUUGGCACUGCCGGUAUUGUGAAACUAUGCAUCAAAGAGAAAACUAUGUGGCGUAUAAUGAUAAUGCCCGUGCUGCUGGGAGGAUCCCUGGAGUUGAUGCCAUUGAUCAAAUUCUGAAGAGGUGUAUUCUUAUUGUUAAACUUCCAGAUUGUAGGGUCGGUGGAUGUGCUUUGUGCAGAUCCAAAGAUUAUACCAAGACUGGAUUUGGCCCACGCACAGUACUAAUCUGUGACCAGUGCGAGAAGGAAUAUCAUGUUGGCUGCUUGAAGAAUCAUGGAAGGGAUGAAUUAAAGGAAAAACCAGAAGGAGACUGGUUUUGUUGUGCUGAUUGCGUUGGUAUUCAUUCUGCUCUCCAAGGUGUCCUAAGUAAUGGAGCUCAAGCACUCCCUGAUCUGGUUUUAGAUAAUAUUAAACGGAACGAUGGUAAGGAAAGCUCAAUCAGGGAUGCUGGUGUUAAUCUGAAAUGGAGGCUUUUUAGGGGCAAAACAGCCUCUGCGAGUGAUAAGUUUUUUCUUUCGAGAGCUGUUUCUCUUUUGCACGAGUCAUUUGAUCCUAUAAUUGGUGGAAAAAAAGGUUCCGACCUUGUUACCCAGAUGAUUUUUGGAAGAUGUUGGGACCAAAUGGAUUUCCAAGGAAUGUACUGUGCAGUACUUAUUAUGGAUUCAUCUGUUGUCUCGGUUAGCACCCUAAGAAUUUUGGGUUCUGAAGUUGCUGAACUUCCAUUGGUUGCCACCAAGAAGGAAUUCCAAGGACAGGGCUAUUUUGUGGCAUUGUUUGCCUGCAUAAAGAAUCUCUUGGUCUCGUUGAAUGUGAAGCAUUUGGUGCUUCCUGCCACAGAUGAAGCACAACCAAUGUGGACUCAGAGAUUUGGUUUCAGGAAGAUAUCAAUGGAUCAGUUGUAUGAGUUGGCCCAGGGCAUUAAGAUUGUGGAUUUUGAAGGGACGACAUUAUUACACACAGCUGUUUCUGACCUAACAACACUUGCUGCUAUUGGAACCCAAGGAAGCUGAAGCAUAAUCAAAACAAGGAACUUGCAAAAGGGCCAUUUUUUUGAAGUUUUGUGGGAAGUUCUUUUUGGACGAAACUUUUGGAGCUGAGCCUACGUGUCGAAAGUUUUAAUGGAGAUUUGAGGAAUUUAGAUGUUCAUAUAAACUCUUCCACUUCAUAGGAAAUUUAUCAUAGAAAGUCAUUUGAAACGUGAGCAGCAGCAGUAUGACAAUUGUUCUCCAGUUGUGGUUAUGUUGCCGUUAUUGUUUCAAAAUAUUUAUGUUGCUAUGGUUUUAUGAUGACAAAACACUUUCCCUCCAUUUUGAUGCCAUUGAAAUCUUUCAGGAGCUGGCCUUAUCAUGUUUCUCAAAUCUCUGUUUUGUAAUGAUUGAAAACUUUUAGGUCAGGUUGUCU